AUGUCUGGUCGAGUAGUUCCUCAGCAUGAGGCUACCGUCCCUGUCACUGGCCUUGCGGAAUUACAGGCCCAUCUUGCUGAACUUCAUCAACCUGGCAAUGAAUCAGCACCGUUGGACCACAAGCUCUUUGACGAUGUUGAGCUUCAACUCACACCCUCCAAUAUUCCCAUCAUUCAGCCAACUCUUCUUCCCCCGCUCAUGUCUCUCCUCAAAACAACCACACAGGAUCCAACCGUCGUCUUCACCCUCACCACCAAGAUCCUUUCCCCCCUCUCAUUCACCCAGUGUCUAUCACUCGGAGGCGCCGAGUCUCUCAUCUCAGCUCUCCAGUCACCACUCCCUGGCGCAAAUCUUCUCGCUCUAAACAUCAUCCAGAAGGCCGCCACUAGUCCUGCAGAGGUCGAUUCCCUAGCUGCUUCACCCGACCUCGUUGAGGAGCUUCUUCGGACUUGGUUGAGUUCUCCAGAUGCAGACGUUGGAGGACGUGCUACACGGGUUUUGGGCAGUUUGCUUGAGACGGACUGCGAUAUCAUUCCCGAAACUUCAGCCACGACUAAAGGCGUCAACGGCACCGGCUCAUCAGAGACAGAGCUGGUCAAGCGUCAUAUCCCUGGCCAUGCUAGUCUCUGGCGUCUUGUCAUCUGGGACCGUCAUUACCUCGAAAUCAUCGUCUCACUCUGUCGUCCCGCGAUCAUCAACCGCCAAGCAACAUUUGCUCAAGACCGCCUUCUUCGGGUCAUUCCCCGUCUCACUGCUCUUCAUCCCCGCGCCAUGGCCAUAUCCCCCUUCCCGGAAUUGUUUCCCCUACCUGAGUACGCCGAUGACUCUAUCGGCAAUGGACUACUUCAGUGGGCAUCAUUGAGCAUGGUUGAUACAAGCGAUGUACUCAUGCACCAGACCCUCAUUGUUUUCUAUGAGUCGUUUGUAAGCAUCAUGAGGAUCGCUGGAGAGUCGGCAGACAAGGAUGCCAUUGUUCGCAACGUAGUCAAAACAGCUACGUCACAGGAUCAGGAGCUUUUGCAGUCUCUGAGGACGCUUCCUGAUCGGACGGUGCAGGAGGAAGCAGAGCUAUUGGCUAAGUACAUCAGCCGAAUACUGGACUGA